UCCACCACGCAGCGGCAAAGAAACCGUGUUCCGUAGCAAACGUUGGCUUUUGCAUCCUACGUAUCCUUUGAAUCGGCAUUUACGUUCGCGGCAAGAUAAUUAUUAACCGCGAGCGCGAGAGAAGGCAUUUAGCGUAGUGAAAAGGCCACGACGCACGAGAUGGUGUUCGUUAAAUCGUGGGAAGACUUCGAGAUCGCCGCGGAAAACAUGUACAUGGCCAACCCGUGCCAGUGUCGGUUUACGAUGAAGUACACGCACCAACGGGGGGCCGUCGUGCUGAAGCUGACGGACAAUUUAAAGUGCGUCCAAUACAAAACCGAAGUGCUGUCCGAGCUGAAGCGUAUCGAAAAGUUCUCCGGCAAUCUGAUACAGAUGAUGGCAUCCCGAGAGUAGAGGGAGUCCCGCGCGCCACGAGGGCACAGCAACCGGAUCGCAGCACGCUUUGGAUGUGAGCAGAGGUGAUACGAAUAAAAGUGGAAUUAUUUUGU